AUAUCUGCCACGUCAUUAUUUUACUUCCAAUGUCUGAAAUUUCCUUAUUAAAAAAAUCCAAAGUUAUGGAAAUUUCUAUUCCUAAAACAUAACUCAGAAGUCUAUAAAUACAACACUAGCAAAACGUUAUCCCUUACUCGUAUACAUUGAAAGACAAUUUGCAAUAAGAAUUAAUUCAAAGUUUUUGCAUGAUGGAAUCAUCAAGAUCAGAAGUAUUUCAGAUGGAGCACCAACCUUUCGGAAAAUUGAUCCGAGUUUUGGCGAUUGACGGUGGUGGAGUUAGAGGGAUAAUCCCCGGAGUUAUCCUCGAAUUUCUCGAGUCACAACUUCAGAAAUUGGAUGGUGAAGAUGCUCGACUUGCAGAUUACUUUGACGUAAUCGCAGGCACAAGCACAGGAGGUCUCAUCACUGUAAUGCUUACUGUUGGAACUGGUUCAGAACAAGUUCAUAAGUAUGACGCCAAGAAAGCAUCAAAGUGGAGUACUUUGAGAUGGUUGAUCAAAAAUCGUAAAUCGAAGCCCUUGUGGGAUGUCAUUUCUCAAGCUAUACAACACAUCACUAAUUACUACGGUUCCACUUUUAUUGAAGCCCUUCACUCUAGUGGAAAUUUUCUAAGAAUCCAGGACGAGACUUUAGUCGGUGUAACGUCGUCUGUGGACGUUGCAACAAAGAAGAAUUUGAAAAAUCUCGUCAAAGUUGGAGAGGACUUGCUGAAAAAGCCAACUUCAAGACUGGAUCUGCGUACCGAAAAAUACGUUCCAUCUACUGAUCAAGGAACAAACGAGGAGGCGCUUAUUCGGUUAGCAUCAAUACUUUCAAAGAGAAACGGCUACGUCAGGAUAUUGCUAGGAAAAGAGAAUCAUCCGAUUGGAACGAUUUUCUCGAACGUUGGGGGAUUGAUUCAUCAACUGACUAUUUUUUUAAGCAAAGUUGAUAUGUCAUCCUCUAGUCUCUACUUGAAUUAA